UCUACACUAGUACCACUAGUACACUGACCACGUGCUUAAGCUUGUAGCGUCUUGAUAAAGGAUCAAGUGAACAUUGAACAAAACAAAUUUCAAUAGUCAAUAUUUUUAGUAUUUUUUUAUCGCCGAAAACCUGAAAAUGCUCUUAAGAUAUUAUCGUGGUGAAGACGGUACACGGGUUUACACUUUAAAGAAAAUGGAUCCUUCUGGCAACCAAACUUUAAGCGCCCAUCCAGCACGAUUUACACCAACUGAUCAACAUUCCAAAGAACGGAUUCGUAUUAAGGAAAGAUUUGGACUUCUGCCCACACAAAAACCAGCACCACAAUACUGAAAUCAUACAUUGACACACCAAAGAAAAAAGUGAAAAAAAAAUGAAUUGAAAACCCAAUUUGUCAACUUUAAUUCAAUAAAAUAAAUAAUUUUUUAUCAUAUAACA